AUGAGUGGUGCAUCACGUAAAGUAAAAAAUCCGUUACUGUCAGCAGCCGGUGAGGGUUUUCCUUUUGAAAAUUAUGUCGAGAAUACAUUAUUGGUGCCUGUUACGCCUGCUACACCUGCGGUUCUCCGCGAUGAUGUUGAACUGGACAACUUCGUAGGACAGGGACCAGUCAGUUCGCAUAAUUUGACUUCACCGGCGACUUCAGCCGGUACGGACUCCGAAUUCACGCCUAUACCAUUACAUUCCGAAAAUACCAAAAGUCCAGAAAAUCAGUCGGCGAGGCAAGGAUAUUUUACCUCGAUACUUUCAUCACUUCCAAAUCUGUCUUUAUCGUCGAUUACUGGAGAUUUAACGGGAACUCAAGGAAACCAAGGACUGGAGAACGCGGCCAGAGUACAAGAUACGAAUCCUUAUGUGCCUUCGCAUGAUCGUUACGACUCUUUGAGAGACGCACAGUCACCUCUAGUCCCUAAUUUCCACGACCCAGGACGUACGAAUUUCGCAGGAUCUGGUGAGGUUUGUUCUGGAACCGCUUCGUCUUUGUCAGCCCCAAGACAACCAACGUUGCCGCCUAUCGUACCGCCAUCGACUGAUGGGCACGUUUCAUAUCGUUUUGGUAAUCAAAGGCGUCUUAAAUACGCACCACCGCCCGACUUAACAUCAAGCACAUCCAAACAGUACACAGCCCCCGCAGUUCAGCCAUUAUUCACGCCGCAAACCGCUGUACCACCAGCCAUCUUCAAUCCAAACGAAUUCAUUGUUCCACUUCAAACGUAUCAGCCCGUCGAAACUCCGAUUUCCACGAAUUCACCGUCGGUACCAUUUUCAACGUCAGAGGAAUUAUCACAGGGUAAUUCCCUGCAAGAGUCAUUCAGGUCUAGUCCAGUCACAGUUGGAACUCCUCGAAGUGUAACACCUAAAAGUCCGAAUUCCGGCUACGAGAGCGUUCCUCUAAACGGAAAGCCCGGAGUUCUGCACUCAUUGUCCCGAGCAAUUCCUUCUCAACUCCUGGAACCUGCCACCCCGCAGAACACACCGGCGAACAUCUCUUUCGCUGGUUUUGACUUGUAUGCCAACCAACAAGACUUUUUGACAUUUAAUCCAGAAAAGGAAUCGACCGGUGCAAGGAACACUCCGAGUCAAGUAGACGCACAAGUUUCAAAGGCAAAUAUUCUUGUACCUACGAUUGAGGUUAAACCAAGCGUAUCGUUUACUCCGAUCUCUGCAGUUCAGGUGUCGGAAAAGUUAGAACACUUGCUCGCUGAACAGGAGGAAGACUCGUUGAACACAGCUAGCGAUGUGCCGAUAAAAUCUGACGAAAGUACCGGAGGCAAUCAAAUCAUCGUGACUUCUGAAGAAACAACUUCGAACGACACCGAGAAAGAAAGCAACUUCUCAAAGCUUGGUUCGUUGUCCGAUGUACUUCUUACGCAAGAAGAUUCUGUACUUUUGCGGUCAACAGUAGUCGCUCCGAAGCAGCCUGCAGCAGAUGAAGAGAUUAAUGCAGCUAAAAGUCAUGCUGUAUCUUCGAGCGUGCCAUCCUUCCAACAAUAUUUCCAGACACAGCCAUUUGAGCUCAGUUCUAGCUUUCUUACGGAUAUAUCAAGACAGCAGAAAUCGAGUGUGAACUAUACCCCAGUAGAGGUUCCAGUUCAGAAUCCCCCGUCCGAUCAGUCGAAGCCAUUUGCACAGCCUGCAAGUUCUAGCUUUCAUACGGAAAUACCAACAGAACAGAAAUCUAGUCUGAACUAUAUCCCCGCAGAGGUUCCAAUUCAGGAUUCUUCUUCUGAUCAGCCUCAGCUAUUUGCACAGCCUGCAAGUUCGUUUUUCAGUUCAUCGGACGACAGCAAUCAUUUUCCUACCCCUCAGUAUAAAGAAAUCAGCACAAAUGUCGGUGUAGUGGCAGCUACACCGAAAAACGAUUUACACCAAUCAUCGUCGAACGACUUCUUCAAUUUGAACUACAAUAAUCCUCCGCCAACGGUUUCUCAACCAUUCUGGGACACGAAUUCGACGAUCCACACAGGGAUUGCCACCGCGACAUGCAGCGCCUCAGUUCAAUCAGCCCCACCGCCAUUACUCUAUAAUCCUACGCAAUUUCAAAACGAAUUACACAAACCCGCGACAUCGAGACAACAUCCGUACAUCUCACCCUUCGGGCAACCAACGGCGAAUCAAACUCAACAUUACUUUGACAGUUUUCCUGGACCGACGCAAACGUACGAUACACCGAUUGCAAGCAAUAAUAUAUUCCAUCCAGCGCCGUCUGUGAUGACAACGGUACCUGAACCAACGGGUUCGGCUACUUUAAAUCCAGUGCAAAUGUCAAUUAAUCCGCUAGGCGGACGAUCUACCACGGAUAGCUUGCCUCCCAGUUUCCAGAACUUGGCUGCUGGCCCUUCAGUCAAACGCAUGCAGUGCAGAACGGUGUACCAUCAUUGGUUUUAUCGCAAAGAGGUGGAAUACAAAGUGUUAUGGCUUCCGUUCUCCAUGCAAGAUAGCUUACGUUUAGAAGAGGUUCACAAUUCCAGUGAAAUUACCCCCGAGGCCACCGUCGCCACCGACGGUGGUCGUUACGAUGUCGACAUUUUACGUCGUCAGAGAUCGCCCGUUUAUUGGAGCGGAUCAUCGACGGAAGUGAGACGAUGCUCGUGGUUCUUCAAAGGGCCCACCGAGUCGCGAUACGUCCCUUACGACGAGAGCACUGCUGCGAAACUCGAGGAGGAGUAUAAACAAGCGUGUAUGAUAAACACCUGGAACCGAAGGAUUGAGUUGAACAAUGGGGAGUAUAUCAUUUUCCACAGUGCCACGGUGCAAGUUCAUUACACGACACCCACUACUCCGGAGAUGGCGUCGUCUUGGAGCAAUAGCACGGUAAAUUUUCUUCGGUUACAAGUAGAUUAGAGACAUCAUACGGGGUGUAAAAAAAAUGCGAGACACUUUCACAGGGUGGAUGCUACUCCCCAAACUAAGACGAAAAUCGAGGAUAAAGAAAUUUCUUUCGAAGUCACGUUUCUGAGCUAUUAGUUAUGUAUUGGAAAU